CGUCUCUAAGAGCAAGGUCACCAGCUGAUGCUAAUGUCGCUGAUAUUAAUGCAAUCGUUUAAUUGUUUAUUAGAAUGUGUUUCUGAAAUGGUAAAAAAUUAUAAUUUAACUCCAUUCAGAAGCAGAAAUUACCAGAAACAUUUAGAUCACCGGAACACGACAUCAGCACAUAGUAUCCCUUCUGUAUACCAAACUAACAUGCCAUCGCAGAGCGAUCUCAGAACAGCUCACACAUCGUUGAUAGCAGCAUGUGACGUCUCAGAAGCGCAGUUACUCGAAAAAGACGCCCCUAAUGGCGAACCGUUCGAAGACAGGCAAAAGCAAUUAUUUCACUUACACCCUAAUCAAGCUUAUUCGUUAGACGAAGGAUGUGAUAUGCAAGAACUUUUCGAAACCUAUCAACGUAACGUAUAUCCGAGUGUUAAAAACCAAGAGAUCCUGGCUCGAGAACGACUUCAACAAAUCGACCAACAAAUGGAGCGAAAACUCGAGGAAAUGCGCGACCAAUAUAAGCAAGUAUGUUUGGAGGUGGAAGCUAAGAAGGCUGCUAUGCGCAUACAAGAGGUGAAACGCGACACGAUUAAAGAUCAAGUUAUCAGUUUGGACCAGCAAUUCGUACGUUUGCCAGAACCUUUGAACAGGGCUGAAAAAGAAGCGUACGUAGAUUACCUUAUAAUUAAUAUACUUCACGAUUUACACGACAUAAAUAACGUAGCAAUGGGCGAACUCUUAGACGACGACGUCAUCACUACCGUUAUGGAAGCGUGCCAAGAAAAACACCCGGAUAUCCUAUUCGUAAAUCCGUGCAUAACCCAGUGCAUACAAUUUUCACAAGACAACGAGGUCGUCUCUUUCCUAGAACCUAUCGAAGCUAAGAAAUACGAUAAUAUUUUUUUCGUCAUUAAUGACACGAGUAACGGAAGCCGAGGCACUCACUGGUCACUUUUGUUAUUAAGUAAAGACAUGGAGGCGUUCUGCCACUACGACUCGUUAAAAGGAAUGAAUUACAAAAUAGCUCUCGAGUUAUCCAAAAAGUUAAGCGAAUACUUCGAAGUUUACCAAAUAUUCGACGUCGACUGCGAACAACAGACUAACAACACAGAUUGCGGAAUUUACGUUCUGGAUAACAUGUCGCGUAUUAUAUUAAUCUUGAAGAAUGAAUUUAAAAUCGAAGACGAAAUUAUCACGCCGCUGAAAAUCUCGAAAUUACCGCCGAGUUUCACUAAAACUAGAAUAUACAUGAUGAAUACCUAUAUCAACAGCAUAUUACAAAAAAUUAAGCGAACCUUUCGUGUUGAGAAUAUGGCUGAAGAGUGAACGAGAAUAAAUUUCGGCCAUUUUAUAAACUCAAACCAAUAUAAUAAUGUUUACUUGAUGUAGGUAAAUCGUUCUGUUUUCAAAGAGAUUUGUAAAAUUUUA